UAUCUUAGAGCCACCUCCCUGUUCCCAUGCUGGGACUGAUUGACACUGUAUAGCAACAGGAUCCUCUGGCAAUGAGAGGAAAUAGGAAAAACAUAAGAAGCAAAGUCUUUCCUAGUCUAUUAUGAUUGAAUUUCUACCUGCUCUUAUAUUCUGAACUGAGGGGCCAAUUUGGCCAAUAAAGAGUUGGCCCCACCCUCACCUGACAGUUAACUGCGGUGGUUAAGGAAGAGGCCCUAAUAUAUCUGAUUAUUUCUACUAGGGUGAAAAUGAUUAAAAGCAUGAAAAGUGUUUUUUGUUUGUUUGUUUGGAGGAGUUUUUGUUUUUGUGUUUUUACUGCUAUAUCCUCAAUGUGUUGCUUGGCAUGUCUCGGGUGUCCAUCAAAUAUUUAUAAAAUACAUGGGAUGAAACAACAUUAUUCAACUAGUAUGAACCUGACUGAUGCCAAGAUCUUCUGAAGUUUUUUUCCAAGAGAUUAAAGGAACCAAAAUGAAGAUGACUGCGUGAAUGUUGCGUUUGGCUAAGUCUAGCGCAUAGACAUAAUUAAAGAUAUCAUCUGUCUCUAUGUUUUCUACAAGAUAUUUUUUGCAAUGCUCCUAGUAAAGUUUGUUUCUUUGCCAAAAUUCAGCUGAUCCAUCAGAGCACAGAAACCUGUCUUUUUCAGUUUCUAAUUCUUUAGUGUAAGUGCCUAUCUUUUGAGAACUGAAAAUGAGAGGCUAUUAUGAUUGAGUAGUUAUGUCUUAAAAAAUAAAGAACUUGGAACUUACACCUGGAAGUUCUGAUUCACCUGGAGUUCAAAUUGCAGAGUGGUUCAAUAAGUAAAACACACUAGCUCAGAUGAUUAAUUCAGAGAUUUCUGGUGAGUGUCACUAACAUUUGUAUCAUGAGAGGGAAGACCCAAACAUCCACCAGCAGGGUUCCCCAGAAAGAGGGUGAUGGUACAUGCCUCUUUGAGGACAGUUCCUAGAGCGGUGAGCCAGAGGACCACAAUACUGACUUGCAUUGGCUUCACCUCGAAAAGCUUGGUAUCCUGGGCACAGGUAGUGGUGUGAAGUGGGCCUGGAUGCUUGACGUGAAGCCAUGGCCAGUGCAGGAUGCUCAUUUGAAAGGGGAAUGCCUCACAGGAAAGAGAGCCAAUUGCAAUUGCGUGCAGGGGCUGUUGCCAUGGUGCUUCGCUGUUCCUUUAACAUGCUGUACUUGAACUGGAAGUCCAGGGGUAGGGUAAUGGAGGAGGGAGGAGGGGAGUAGGAUGGCUUGGGUGGGGAAUCCCACUGCAGAGCUCUAGUCUCUGACUUUCUUCAUGCCUGUGAUCUUUCUAAAGCUGACAAGGUAAGAGAGAGAGAGCAAGAAAGAGACACUAUAGGAAAGAAUUCCUCAACAUGCUCCAUAUUGCAAAAACAAAACAAAAUAAAGAUUAAUUUAACUCUUAAAUAUUUUUUUCAUGAAUUAGAAGAUGUAACACUGAAAUACCGAAACAGCACAGUCAUUUAUAACCCUGAAUAAUUCUCCAUUCAUGCAGCAAAUGAUAGCUUGUAUUUCCUAACACACUCCAGAUCCUAAAUGGAAAGGUUAAAUGUGUUUAAUUCAUUUGUCGAAUGCAGUCUCAUGUGCAUAUUAAUGAGCUGAUGGAGGACAGAGAAUUGCAUUCUGUGUACGAAGAACUUUUAAAAUUAAAUAGAUUAAUUCCCAAUCAUUUCAUUGUGAAAGAAGUCUAAAUGCCCUGGCCUGCCAUUGGUGUGCAAAAAAUCCCCCGAAAAGCUAGCUUAAAAAAAUAUUCUUGUAUUCUGAAAGUCUAAUUUGAAAAACAGCCACAGUUUUAACUUUUUCAAUGUUCAGAAAAUAAUAAAACACACCAUCACCUGGAAACCCUUAAAUCAGCUUAGCUCUGUGCAAAGGCUGUGUCUGCGAUAUCCGGAUCUCCGCAGUGGAGAGGGUUAAAAUCACCUAGAUGAAAUGGGGGAGGGUACAGACUUCGGAUUCCUUAAAUAUUCAUGGGGCUUCCUCCAUUUUAAUCUUCUCCUUUUAAAAAGAUGGCUGUGUUUCCCAGCCUGGUAUCCCCUCAGGAAAGAAGAAUUGUUCCUUCCUUGCAGAGUUCAGCUGAGCAGGACUAAUCUAGAGUGGAAACCCCUUCGGCCACCAGGACUAUUCAUAAUUCAUAAGUGUUGCAAACCAGCCAGCUGAAUGCAUUUGGACAGGCUCUUGCUCCUUCGUGCAAUUCCUGAUUUCAUUACUCUCUCUGCCAGGAAAGAAGCAGGGAGCACAGGCGAAGAUGGGCUUUGUUUGGAUUAGGAAAUGCCCUAAAUUUUGGAGGCUUUGUCUUUCAUAAGUUUUGAUUAUUUCACCACUGAAUCUGCAAGGCUUUCCCGAUCCUGUUGGGGACUGCUCUCAGAACUGUGAAUUCUUUCAAAGAGAUUUGUGGAUUGUGGCAAGGAUUGCUUUCCAAAAUGCCUGAGGCAAACUAUUUGUUAUCUGUAUCUUGGGGUUACAUCAAGUUCAAAAGAAUGCUGAACCGGGAGCUGACACACCUUUCAGAAAUGAGCCGAUCAGGGAACCAGGUGUCUGAAUACAUUUCAAAUACUUUCUUAGACAAACAGAAUGACGUGGAGAUUCCAUCUCCCACCCAGAAAGACAGGGAGAAAAAGAAAAAGCAACAGCUCAUGACACAGAUAAGCGGAGUGAAAAAACUGAUGCAUAGUUCAAGCUUAAAUAAUACAAGCAUCUCACGCUUUGGAGUCAACACGGAAAAUGAAGAUCAUCUAGCCAAGGAGCUGGAAGACCUGAACAAAUGGGGCCUUAACAUCUUCAAUGUAGCUGGAUAUUCACAUAAUAGGCCCCUAACAUGCAUCAUGUAUGCCAUAUUCCAGGAAAGAGACCUCCUGAAGACAUUCAAAAUCUCAUCUGACACCUUUGUUACCUACAUGAUGACUUUGGAAGACCAUUACCAUGCAGAUGUGGCGUACCAUAACAGCCUACAUGCUGCUGAUGUGGCCCAGUCAACCCAUGUUCUUCUUUCUACGCCAGCUUUAGAUGCCGUCUUCACAGAUUUGGAAAUUCUGGCUGCCAUUUUUGCAGCUGCUAUCCAUGACGUUGAUCAUCCUGGAGUCUCCAAUCAGUUUCUCAUCAACACAAAUUCAGAACUUGCUUUGAUGUAUAAUGAUGAGUCUGUGUUGGAAAACCAUCACCUUGCCGUGGGUUUCAAACUGCUCCAAGAAGAACACUGUGACAUCUUCCAGAAUCUCACCAAGAAGCAACGUCAAACACUCAGGAAGAUGGUUAUUGACAUGGUCUUAGCAACUGACAUGUCCAAACACAUGAGCCUGCUGGCAGACCUGAAGACAAUGGUAGAAACAAAGAAAGUUACAAGUUCUGGUGUUCUUCUCCUGGACAACUAUACCGAUCGUAUACAGGUCCUUCGCAACAUGGUACACUGUGCAGACCUGAGCAACCCCACCAAGUCCCUGGAAUUGUAUCGACAGUGGACAGACCGAAUCAUGGAGGAAUUUUUCCAGCAGGGAGACAAAGAGCGGGAGAGGGGAAUGGAGAUCAGCCCCAUGUGUGAUAAGCACACAGCUUCUGUGGAAAAAUCCCAGGUGGGCUUCAUCGACUACAUCGUCCAUCCCUUGUGGGAGACCUGGGCGGACCUGGUGCAGCCUGAUGCCCAGGACAUUCUGGAUACUUUAGAAGAUAACAGGAACUGGUAUCAGAGCAUGAUACCCCAGAGCCCCUCCCCACCACUGGACGAGCAGAACAGAGACUGCCAAGGUCUGAUGGAGAAGUUUCAGUUUGAACUAACCCUCGAAGAGGAGGAUUCUGAAGGCCCCGAAAAAGAUGGCGAGGGCCACAGCUAUUUUGGCAGCACAAAGACGCUCUGUGUGAUUGAUCCGGAAAAUAGGGAUCCUCUGGGAGAGACUGAGGUAGAUAUCACCACAGAAGACAAGUCCCCGAUCGACACAUAAUCUCCCUCUUCAUGCGGAGAUGAACAUUCCACCCUUGACGAGCAUGCCAGCUGUAUGGUAGGGCCAGCCUGCCAUGGGGGCCGAGGCCUGCACGGGACAAGGGCCAUGUGGCCUUUCCAGUUACUUGAGUUUGGAGCCAGAAUGCAAGACCGUGAAGCAAAUAGCAGCAGCUCAGGAAAUUCCACGGUUGACUUGCCUUGCUUGCAAGCUGAGUGGAGAGCUGAAGCUUUCUGUGGUUCUGGAGGCCAACUGUGCAUGACGACCGAAUGGCUUGAAAGUGGAAGACACCAAACUGAGAGAUUUUUCUGCACUAUGUUUUGGGCAUCUGUCCCCUCUGGUGACUGAACUGACUAAUAAUGUCAUUUCUAAAUCUGCUUACCUGUCCCCUUGUCUGCCACCCUGUGUGCCUUUUUUGUAAAACAUUUUCACGUGUUUAAAAUCCUGUUGAAUACCUAGAAUUUAGUAUCAGCUUCUACACAGAUAAGCAUUACAAGCUGACAAAAACUUUUUUGACUCUUUCUGAGGGGAAAAAAAAAAGGAAAGUAAAUUGUCUUCCUUCUUUCUUGGGCAAUAUCUUUCACUCAACUACAGUUACUUUUGCAAAUAGAAAGGCUACACUUCUAACCACAUUCAACUUCCUUCCCCUAUGGUCCCAAACAACUCCUCAGUUGCCCUUAUAACAGAUCUCUGUCUGCCUGCUUUGAACAGUACUUUUUCUCCUCUAGAAUUGCACUUCUUUGCUGUAAACAGAAUAAAGUUGAACAAACUAAGGGGUAGGAAUGGGUAGUUGUCUUGUUCACAGUAACAGUCUGUGUAGAAUUCAGCUUCACAAGGCAAUUGCCCUGUCGGGUCCUGAACCCCUGUGCCGCUGGGGUUGCACGAUCCCCAUCCUGUUCUCUUGCUCCCCUCUUCAUGCUCACACCAGUUACACUGUUUCCAAUUUAAUGCUCCCGUCUUUCUCUUGCACUGCCUUCUGUGCUAACACCUCCAUUUCUGUUUAUAACCGUGUAUUUAUUACUUAAUGUAUAUAAUGUAAUGUUUUGUAAGUUAUUAAUUUAUAUAUCUAACAUUGCCUGCCAACGGUGGUGUUCAAUUUGUGUAGAAGACUCUGCCUAAGAGUUGCAACUUUUCUUGUAACGUUUUGUAUUGUGUAUUAUUAUAUAACCUGAACAUUGCUGAAGAGAUGUCCCCCUCGCCAGUUGGGUCUGCCCUUUUCCUGGUCCGAGUUGCUAAUACUGCUCAACUCCUUCAUGAACUGGUUUUGAAAACAGGACUCUCACAUUAGAUACUAAUGGUUUCUACAGAGAUUUUACUUUUGUAUAGUUUGCUGGGGUGUGGGGGCAGUGGGCUAUGGUUUUUACCCCUGUUCUAUUCAAAUCUGUACACAUGAGUUGAGUUUUAACUGAGUUCUACUAUAAUUGAGGCUUCAGUUUAACAAGAAACACUACGUCUGGUUUAACAAGCAACUCACCAAUCUUCUGAGAGUCCCCAAACUACUGACUUUGAAGAGAAAGUUCCCAGCCUGCUAUUAAGCAGGAAUGUCAAUGUUCCAAUUAAUUACUAAAGAAAACAAUAAAAACAAUGUGAAUUUUACAAUGAAAUGUGAACUGACAUAGUAAAUUAUGCAAAUGUGAAGCUUCUGAUAACACUUGUUAGACCUCUGACUGGCUUCAGUCUCUGUAAAAUCUGUUUCAUGCUUUCAGUUCAGCAUUGUGACUCAGUAGUUCAAGAAAUGGCACAAAUGUGCAUGACCAAUGGGUUUCUAUGUCUAUGAACACUGCUUAUUUCAGGUGGACAUUUUAUUGUUUUCCAAAGUUUCUCACAAUGUAUGUUAUAGUAUUAUUAUUAUAUAUUGUGCUCAAAUGCAUUCUUAAGAGACUUUUAUAUGAGGUGAAUAAACAAAAGCAUGAUUAGA